CUAGCCCUCUGCGACUGACGUGGUAGUCUGACAGACACCACAAAAUUUAAAAUCUAGUAUUCCGUCGUUAUUUUUUAAAAUUUGACCUGCGCGUUCUCAGUACCUUUCAAUCAUACGUUCAAGCAGGCGUUAGUGUAUAGUGAGCUGUCGUGGCGUGCGCAUCAAGUGUUGUGUGAAGGAGAGUGUAUACGAGACCACCACGUCAGCAUUAAGAUGGCUCACUCAAAUAACAACGGAGAGUCGCAAAAAUUGAAACGAACAUCGAAUGGAAACUUUGCAAGUCACGACCUGCUAAUGGAACAGUGGUUGGACGAUGAAAGCGAACACGAUUUUAGCGAUUUCGACGAUGAAGAUGAUGACCCAACUUUUCAACCAGAAACCGAAAUCCUGGAAGCCGAUGAAGUUUCAGAUGAACUGGAGGAACCAGAACAUGAAGAAGCGUCACCUGAAGCACCCGUCAAACAUAAUGUGCAUCAAGAAAAGUCUUACAAAGGUAAGAAGGGAUUUACGUGGAAUCGAGAAGAGUGUCCCAGAACAUCACGAACUGCAAAUCACAAUAUAAUUAGAUUACCUGGCCGCUUGCAUACUCCUAGUUUUGAAGGCUAUUUUGAACUUUGGUCUAAGCUUUUUGACCCCUCAAUGUUGGAAAAUUUGAUCACAUUUACGAACCAAAAGCUAAAUAGCUUCCGGACGCGGUUCAAACAAACAACUAAAGUAGAACUGAAGGACACAAAUGUCACAGAAAUGAAAGCAUUUAUUGGUCUACUGUACUAUUCGUCAGUAUUCAAGUGUAAUGACGCUGAUCUUCGUUUGAUAUUUGCCACCGAUGGAACUGGCCAUGAAGUUUUCCGAUGUGUUAUGUCCAAAUGGCGAUUUUCUUGUUUGAUCAACUGCCUCCGAUUUGAUGAUUCCACCACUAGAAUGGAACGACUCAAAGAUGAUAGACUUGCCCCAAUAUCAGGUAUGUUCAAUAGGUUUAUUUCGAACAGCCAGUCCCAAUACACUCCUGGAGCGUACCUUUGUAUUGAUGAAAUGCUGUUGCCAUUUAGGGGUCGUUGCAAGUUCAUUAUUUACAUGCCCCAAAAACCAGCAAAGUAUGGCAUAAAAAUAAUGUUGUUGGUCGAUGCCCGCACUUACUAUGUCUACAAUGCCUACGUUUACCUUGGCAAAAAUUCGGAUGGAAUAGGCCUGACUGAAGAAGAAAGACAAAUGUCAAUACCAACUCAAUCAGUUCUAAGACUUGUGAAACCUGUCGAAAACUCAAACCGCAAUGUUACAGCUGACAAUUGGUUCAGUUCAAUUCCACUUAUGGAAAAAUUGUUAGAAAGGGGACUGACGUACUUAGGCACGUUGAAAAAGAACAAAGCUGAGAUACCACCAUGCUUCUUGCCAAAUAAAAAUAGAGAAUUGGAGAGUUCUCUAUAUGGAUUCACAAAGGACUAUACCUUGUUAUCGUAUGUACCGAAAAAAAAUAAAGCUGUCCUCCUGAUCUCUUCUUCCCACCACAAUGAAGGUAUUGAUACUGAUGUAGGAAAACCAACAAUGAUUGCAGAUUAUAAUAACACUAAAGGAGGAGUUGACGAAGUCGACAAGAAGUGUUCAAUAUAUUCUUGCAGCCGUAAAACUCGUCGUUGGCCUAUGGCCAUUUUCCAAAGGAUUUUAGAUAUGGCAGGUAUAAAUAGCUUUGUACUGUAUGAAAUGUGUGCUGACAGUGAUAAUAAAAUGAGAAGAGCAACUUUUAUUUUGAACAUGGCAAGAGCACUAGUGCUAGAUCACAUAAAAAGCCGUGUGUACAACGAAAGAUUGCCAAGAGAACUGCGGAUGACGGUCAGUAGAGUUUCGGGAAAUGAUCUUCCCCCUCCACCCCCAAGAUCACAACCGAUAUCACAUACUGGAAGAAAACUAUGCUCGAUUUGUCCAACUAAAAUUAAAAGGAAGACUGGAUAUUGUUGCUGUGAUUGCUUGAAGCCAAUUUGCCUUCAAUGCUCCAAGCCACUCUGUGAAGACUGCCAAAAAAAUUUGUGAUUUUUAUUUUUAAUUUUAUUUUUUUUUGAACCGAUGAAGUGAUCUUUUUUUUUUUUUCUUAUUACUAUAACUGUUAACCUUAGUAAAUUAAUACUUUAAAUGAAGAAAAUAUUUAUGUUAAUUUUUUUUUUGAUUUUUUUUAUAUGUGUUAGUUUUUGAAAAACUAUUUAUGUUGUGUUAAUAAAAUUUUUUUAACUUUAUGUGCGUUCUUAAUUUAACAUCAUAAGUAAUUAAAAAUAGGAAUGGACACUCUAAGCUUUAAAAUAGAAUAGUUAAAAAUAUUAAUAUGAGACAAGUUUUUGAAAUACAAGCUGUUCAAAUGGUGUCUGGUAUACUACCACGUCACUGGAAUUGCAACAAAAAAGUCACGUCAGUCGC